GAUAAGGCCCGUUUUAUAUAGUUUAUCCUCACGUGCCGGUGCUCAUUUAGUAGUGGCCAGCGUACCGACGCGGAGUACUCGUUGCUUAGUCAUUAACUUAAUUUAACAAAUAAACCAAAAUGUGCGACGAGGAAGUUGCUGCGUUGGUCGUUGACAAUGGAUCCGGUAUGUGCAAGGCCGGUUUCGCGGGCGAUGACGCGCCCCGCGCCGUGUUCCCAUCGAUCGUGGGCCGCCCGCGCCACCAGGGUGUGAUGGUUGGCAUGGGACAAAAAGACUCCUACGUCGGAGAUGAGGCCCAGAGCAAGAGAGGCAUCCUCACACUCAAAUACCCCAUCGAACACGGAAUCGUCACAAACUGGGAUGACAUGGAGAAGAUCUGGCAUCACACCUUCUACAAUGAACUCCGUGUCGCUCCCGAGGAACACCCAGUCCUUCUUACCGAAGCCCCCCUGAACCCCAAGGCCAACAGAGAGAAGAUGACACAGAUCAUGUUCGAGACCUUCAACACACCCGCCAUGUACGUGGCCAUCCAGGCUGUGCUGUCCCUGUACGCGUCCGGUCGUACCACCGGUAUCGUGCUGGACUCCGGCGACGGCGUGUCCCACACAGUGCCCAUCUACGAGGGCUACGCCCUGCCCCACGCCAUCCUCCGUCUGGACUUGGCCGGCCGUGACCUCACAGACUACCUGAUGAAGAUCCUCACCGAGCGUGGUUACUCGUUCACCACCACCGCUGAGCGAGAAAUCGUACGUGACAUCAAGGAGAAGCUCUGCUACGUCGCCCUCGACUUCGAACAGGAGAUGGCCACCGCUGCCUCCAGCAGCUCGCUCGAGAAGUCCUACGAACUCCCCGACGGUCAGGUCAUCACCAUCGGCAACGAGCGAUUCCGUUGCCCAGAGGCUCUCUUCCAGCCCUCAUUCUUGGGUAUGGAAGCUAACGGCAUCCACGAAACCACAUACAACUCCAUCAUGAAGUGCGACGUUGACAUCCGUAAGGACUUGUACGCCAACACAGUAUUAUCCGGUGGUACCACCAUGUACCCUGGUAUCGCUGACCGUAUGCAGAAGGAAAUCACAGCUCUGGCCCCAUCCACAAUGAAGAUCAAGAUCAUCGCGCCACCUGAGAGGAAAUACUCCGUAUGGAUCGGUGGAUCCAUCCUGGCUUCCCUCUCGACCUUCCAACAGAUGUGGAUCUCGAAACAGGAGUACGAUGAGUCCGGCCCCUCAAUCGUCCACAGAAAGUGCUUCUAAACUACCAGAAUGACUGUUCCUAAUUUAUGAUGCCCUACACCAGUCCCCAAAAUGGGCGGCUCAAGUUACGCUUGUGAUUUAUUAUUUAAGUACAGUAUUUAAAUAGGAUGUAAGGUAUCGUAAUAUGCAUAUUACGUAAAAUCAAUUUUGACAAAGAUUUUUGAUUUAUUUAUGAGAGUCACUAACCAACAUUUUUAAUAAAAAAUAAUUUAUACCGGUAUAAA